AUAAUAUGUCAUUUUGUGAACCGAUUGUCUGAUUGGGACACCUAUUGUCUCGCUGUUGACUUGUGUUGUGAUGUGUGUUGUGUUUGACUCCUAUUUGUAGGACAAUUCCUACUUAUAUAUGGUUCUCGAGUACGUUCCCGGAGGAGAGAUGUUCUCACACCUCAGGAAAAGUGGCAGAUUUAGUGAACAGGCGGCCCGUUUCUAUGCCGCACAAAUCGUGUUAGCGUUUGAAUAUUUGCAUUAUUUAGAUCUCAUUUAUCGCGAUUUAAAGCCCGAAAACUUAUUAAUUGAUAACCAGGGUUUGUUUACGGCCCGUUUCUAUGCCGCACAAAUCGUGUUAGCGUUUGAAUAUUUGCAUUAUUUAGAUCUCAUUUAUCGCGAUUUAAAGCCCGAAAACUUAUUAAUUGAUAACCAGGGUUAUAUCAAGGUAACAGAUUUUGGUUUUGCCAAACGAGUAAAGGGCAGGACAUGGACUCUAUGCGGAACUCCAGAAUAUUUAGCCCCAGAAAUAAUUUUAAGCAAAAGUAACAAAUUAAUUGUUGUCUUCUUUUCAAAGGGUUAUAAUAAAGCCGUCGACUGGUGGGCAUUGGGUGUACUCAUCUACGAGAUGGCCGCGGGUUAUCCUCCAUUCUUUGCCGACCAACCCAUUCAGAUAUACGAGAAGAUAGACGGCCCGUUUCUAUGCCGCACAAAUCAUCUCAUUUAUCGCGAUUUAAAGCCCGAAAACUUAUUAAUUGAUAACCAGGGUUAUAUCAAGGUAACAGAUUUUGGUUUUGCCAAACGAGUAAAGGGCAGGACAUGGACUCUAUGCGGAACUCCAGAAUAUUUAGCCCCAGAAAUAAUUUUAAGCAAAGGUUAUAAUAAAGCCGUCGACUGGUGGGCAUUGGGUGUACUCAUCUACGAGAUGGCCGCGGGUUAUCCUCCAUUCUUUGCCGACCAACCCAUUCAGAUAUACGAGAAGAUAGUGUCUGGAAAAGUACGCUUUCCCUCGCAUUUUAGUUCAGAACUUAAAGAACUGCUGAGAAAUCUAUUACAAGUCGACUUAACCAAACGUUACGGCAAUCUUAAGAAUGGCGUCAAUGACAUCAAAGGUCAUCGAUGGUUCAGUUCCACCGAUUGGAUCGCAGUCUACCAGAAAAAGGUUGAGGCGCCGUUUCUGCCCAAAUGUAAAGGACCGGGCGAUACGUCGAACUUCGACGACUACGAAGAGGAGACUCUUCGUAUAUCGAGUACAGAAAAGUGUGCGAAAGAAUUCAGUGACUUUUAACUGACUUUUCAGUGACUUUUAACAUUGAAUUCACUAAUAAGUCAUUAAUAAUAACAUAUUUCCUCAAACUGUUGGCUCAUCACAAGAAUCGCUCGAAUCAUGGAAUCAAUGACCGGAAGUGCAAACCACACAUACAUUGGCUACCGAUUCGCCACCGAUUCGAUCGCUCGCCUCAACACCUGAUCGAUGAAUGAUUACAAUAAUUGACAACAAAUUCUGAUAUAUUCUCAUCAAAGUAGUGAACAGACGGACAGUCAGUCAGUCAAACCAACAGUUCUCGAACCAUACAUCACAUCACCUUUUGGUGCAAUUCUUGCUUUCAAUCAUUGCUUACUUCGGACUCAUUUCUGCUCCAAACAAACAAUUGUCUAAUUUUUAUUAUGCAUUCAUUAUGAAUAGUGAUUGAGUGCCACAUCUUGUAUAUAGUGAUAACUCUUAGACUCUAUACCUAUGACUCUAUGAACGUCGGCAGCAAACCAUCAAACCAUACAAAACCCAUAUUAUUAUUAUAUAAAUAAUAAUUAUUGAAUUUAGUUUACAAUUGGAAUGGUUUAGGGCUAAUACAAAACAAUACAAAUCAAUUCAAUUCAAUUACAAUACAAACACUUUCAUCAACUCUAGUCGUUAGUAG